GUUGCGAGAUCAACUUACCGUAGUUUAAACAAAAUAUUAUUUUCAAAAUUAUGUUUGAUUAUAAUAAAUCGAAUGGGAAAGUUUCAGUACCGUAGAAUUAGACUUCUAUAAAUUUUAAAUGUGACUAUUAAUGGCCAAUAUAACGAAUGGCUGGAUUUAGCUGGUAUUUGUCUGAAGGCUUCCAAGUAAUAAUUGAGAAGUCUAGAGAAGAAAAAUGCUCACUAAAGGAUGUACAAUUGCGUUUUCUGUGCCCUGAUGAUUUAGAAGAGGUAAGGGCACUAUGCAGAGAAUGGUUUCCUAUAGAAUAUCCACAAUCUUGGUACGAGGAUAUAACAUCGUCGGAGAAAUUUUUUGCUCUAGCAGCUGUAUAUAAGAGUCAAAUUAUUGGUCUCAUAGUUGCAGAGAUAAAGCCAUAUCUCAAAUUAAAUGCUGAAGAUAGAGGAAUACUAUCCAGAUGGUUCGCCUCCAAAGAUACCCUUGUAGCAUACAUACUAUCAUUAGGUGUAGUGCGUUCCUAUCGGCGAUCAGGUGUGGCCACAUUACUCCUAGAUGUAUUCUUGAAUCAUCUUGCGGGCCCAGUGUCUCAGCCUCCACACGAGCAUCGUGUUAAAGCAAUUUUUUUACAUGUCCUUACUACUAAUAAAGAAGCUAUACUGUUUUAUGAGAAAAAACGAUUUCACCUACACUCAUUCCUUCCCUACUACUAUUCCAUAAAGGGUAGAUGUAAAGAUGGAUUUACUUAUGUGUACUAUGUUAAUGGUGGACACGCCCCAUGGGGCCUCUAUGACUAUUUCAAAUAUGUUGCCAGGGCUGCUUUGAGAGGUGGUGGUCUUUACCCUUGGAUAUGGGGAAAAUUUCGUACAGCGCUCACAAUAGCAUGGCACAGAUAACCAGUGAAUGACAUUUUAAAAACAUAGACAAUUAAAAAUGUUUUUAAAUGAUAACAAACCGAUGUUAGAUGUUGACAAACUUAUGCUUGUCUUCCAAGUUUUACUAUACAGUGACUAAAUUUAUUAAAACUUGUAUAUUUUUAGUGACAUUCUGCCUUAUUCUACAUAAAGAUUCAGUAUAAUUCAUUUUUAAUUUCAAUAUAUACAUAAUGGCUGUGUACUCUUGCCAGAAAAACUGGGCAGAGACAAAUAUAAACAGAACAAAGACAAUUAUUAUAAGAUGACUGGUAUGUAAGAAUUUACUAUCAAGAUAAAUUUAAAAUGUAUAAUUUAAGAUGUUUUUGUUGUGACUUUACAAAGUCACUUAACAAUGCUAUUGUACUUGAAAGGUGUUUCAUUUAUAAUAGAGGCUAAUUAUAUAGAACUUGUAGAAAAGAUUAUGCAAACAUUUUCUUUAUUCUUAUUAAACACAGAUAAAAACAAACCUAAAUACAUAUAUAAUUUAAGCAUAGUCUAAAUUAACAACAUAGGUAAAUAAUAUAUUAUUUUUUCAAACUGAAAAUUAUUUGUUAAACCACCUUUGUGUUUAUUGUCAAAGAAUGUUAUUUUUUUAUUAUUAACUAACAAUAUAAGAUACAAAUUAUAAUACAAGGGGUAUAUCUAUUGUUAUUUUCUUCAUUUUAUUUUCGGGCUUGUAUUAAUUCUAUUGCAAUGUGAUGCAGCAUCAAGUAUAUUUAAGAAAGGAAGUUGCAUAGGAAAUUGCAGUUGUAUUUAAAUACCAUCCUUGAAAGGAUGAAAUGAAAUAAUUCGUUAUGGUCAAGAAAUAAUUUUUUGUUCUAUGUAUGAAAAAUUUAAUUAACUUUAUUAACAUCGAGGUGGUUCCUGGUGCGUUUGGUAUUGUUUUAAUCUAUUUUAAUGUAAAAAUUGGCACUUAAAUGUGACUUCAGCCAUUUUAUGUGAUUCAUUAAUUUUAAUAUCUUACUAAAAUUAAUUUAAUUUAUCCGUUUACGUAAUAUAUAGUAGGUUAUUUCCUUAUUGAUAUGGUUGAAGUGUUAUCUAGAACGUAAUAUGUAAUUUUUGAUCCAUUUUAUUUUUAUUCAUAUCCAGAACGUACUAUAUAUUAACGCGAAUUCAAAAUAAUGAUUUUAUUCACUGCCAGUAAUAAGAGCUGUAAUUAAAUAUAAGCAGUCUAAUGAAACCUCGUAAGAACUUGAACUUGAUUACUUUAAGAAAAAAAAUCUAGUCUGGCUGGAAUUACGUAAAAAAGAAGGUUAUAAAUUUUUAUCUAUUCGAAUUUAAUUUUUUUAAUGAAAAUUAUCAUCUAUAGUACGAUCUAUUCGAUUUAAUUGUAAAAUUUGUUAUAUAGAAACUACUGAGUACGUAUUGAGUGUAAAUGGCGUGGUAUUAAAUGUUGAAUGUGCCUGUGUGUUCACAUUGAGUAAAUUUGUACCGAGGAGUGCAUUAUUAAAUGUUAUAAUAUCAUGCAACACGUUUCAUAAAAUUCGUAAAUAUUUUCUGUAUAGCUGUAAAGUCAGGGAUGACAAAAUUCAAAUUUGGAAUAAUUGACAUAGAUGUUGGAUUUUAUUUUUUUGGUGAUUUUGUUUUAAUCUAUAUAAGAUUAGCACAGAGACCAAUGACUUUAGAAGUAAUUCCUAACACAGUAUCCUAAGUUUAUUUUUAUCACUUUGUCGCUUUAUUAACGAUAAUAUUUAAUUUAAAUUUAGAAUUGUGUCCGAUUACCAAAGUCAUGCAUGUAUUUCAUUAAUAGAUUUAUAUCUAAGGAAAUGGUUAUUGACAAUUAUAGUAUUAUUUUUGUGUUUAUUUGUGAUACGCUAAAAGUCAAAAUUAUUUAUGUCGCGCAAUGAAAGAUCAUCACCGAUAUUGAGAAAAGUAUUG